AUGUGUUUGGUUGGAGGGACCAUCGAGGAUGGGAUGGGACGACUCCACUUCUCGUGCUGUUUGGUUCAGGGGCGACAGAGGACGGGACCGUCCCCCCAGCGAAUAUUCACGUUGAUUCGAGGUCAGCCCCGUCCCUCCAAAUCGAGGGGACGGACCUCGUCCCACAUCACGCCAUUGCUUCCAUACACCUCGAGGACGCCGGGGCAGGCGGCCGAGGCGAGGUGGCACAACGCGGCGAAUCUCAGCGAGGCGGGCUCGAGCUCAUGGCGGAUCAGACGCGGCAGAAGCGCAGCGUGGCCGCCGGAUCAGGCAGCGGCGGUGAGCUCCGCCAACCAGCGUGGGAAGCAUGCCCACGGACCACGGCCCACCGUGCAGAGCCUCGGCGCUGCCGGCGUGGGGCGCAGCGACCUAUUCUCCCAGAUCUGGACCAAGUGGAAGCGAGGAGACAACCGGCUGUCUUCCAGUAGAGGAAGCAGAGGCGGACAAGAGCCGGAGCUGGCGGGCACAGUCACCAAUUCCUCGGUCGCAGGGUUGCACACGAUGUACCCGAACUUGUCCUCCGGGUGCACCCAAAGAGCAGGGAGACCGUUGCAGGAAUCCAAGAGGACCAUGCGCUCGACCCCAGACAACAGUCUCGCCGUGAGGAAGGAGAAGGAAGGUCAACUGGAGGAGCAGAUUCCUGCCCCCCCGACAGGCUGGUUAAGUGCCCAUAGCUGUCAUGCUCAGUGCCAGGCUGGUGAAGAAGCCUUCAGGGUCUGGGGCAGCUUCUUGCGGUGGAGGGGGUCGGCGAUGAGGUCGCGCCAGGGUCUGGACACGCACUUGGACCGGCGGACGUCCUUGACGGGCACGCGCGAGAGGAUGUCCACCAUCAGGUCGUCGUAG